AUUAGCUACAUCUACUCCUUUCAAGUACCACCCUUCCCCUCCCUGUUCACCUCCAUGUAUCAUAGUGGAAUAUAGAUACCUUCCACACUCCUGGCACUUUGAACUCUUCUUCUCUCUCUCUCUCUCUCUCUCUCUCCCCCUCACCCAUUCACUGCAGGAAUGAAGGCCAACGGCUUGCUCUGCCGGUCGCGGUCGGCCACGGCGGUGUGCGUGCCCGACGAUCCUCGGUUGAUGAUCGUGCCGCGGCAGCUCGACAGGACUCUCGUCGACGUCAAGUGUUCUCGCCUCGGCGAUCCCCGCAGGUUCAGUUCGGGUGAUGGGAGAUCAGUCACCCUUCCGAUGGUCAUGAAGAAAGAGCGAGUGCCACGAAAGCCUUCCAGCGGCAGCAACCUCAUCUCCUCCUUCCCUCCAUCUAAUCAUCAUGUGUUUCAAGUUGUGGUUAUGAGAGUCUCACUACACUGUCAAGCCUGUGCAGGAAAAGUUAGGAAGCACAUUUCUAAGAUGGAAGUAAACAUGGCAGGGGUGACAUCCUUUAGCAUAGAACUGGAGUCAAAGAGGGUUACUGUCAUGGGCUAUGUUUCCCCAGAGGGGGUCCUGGAGAAGAUAUCAAAGGUGAAGAAGGCUGAGUUCUGGCCUUGCUGAGUAGGGCAUUUCAAAGGUGAAGAAGUAUGAGUCAAAGCAUCUCUUUGGAUAUGAUACCUCAUUUAGUUUCUGGUUGUCUAUGUGAUGAAUUGUCUAGCGUCAGUGGCUGUCCUUGUAAUGUCAUAUUAUGAAUAUAAUUCAUGCAACAUGUAUCUCUGAGUUA